GGUGGAGUUAUAAAGACGGGAAGAACGUGAAGCGGCUCUGCUAGCUGUGUCGUGGCGAUUGUAUUACUUACAUCAGUGCAGUUUUCCGUUUACAUUUCUUUGAUUGCAUACAGAUGUUUUUGUUGUCUUUUUUUUUUUAAAUCUCAAGUAAUCAGUUCUUGAAUACAAUUAAAACAUUUGGUUUUGAAAGUUUGUUGAUUCUAGAUGAUCUAACUGAAGACAAAUUACGGAAGGAAGUGGUUCAUAAAUUCCACAGUUGUAAGAUUUUACUGAGUUGUGGAAAUUGCAAGGGAUGGACAAUCUUGAGGAAGAAGCUACUGAAAGGAUUCUGCUUGAACCAUAUAACUACCUGCUGCAACUACCAGGAAAACAAAUCCGAACCAAACUGUCCCAAGCUUUCAACCACUGGCUCAAUGUACCUGAGGAUAAACUCCAGGUGAUCAUUGAGGUAACAGAAAUGCUGCAUAAUGCCAGUCUCUUAAUUGAUGACAUUGAGGACAGCUCCAAGUUGCGGCGUGGUUUCCCGGUAGCUCACAGCAUCUAUGGUGUACCGUCAGUUAUAAACUCUGCAAACUAUGUCUACUUUCUUGGCCUCGAGAAGGUGCUGACGCUGGAACAUCCUGAGGCUGUGCAUGUGUUCACUCGGCAGCUGCUAGAGCUGCAUCGUGGCCAAGGUCUGGACAUCCACUGGCGUGACACAUACACUUGCCCAAGUGAAGCAGAGUACCAUGGCAUGGUACUACGCAAGACUGGUGGAUUAUUCGGCCUAGCAGUGGGCCUCAUGCAGCUGUUCUCAGAAUGGAGCUGUGACCUUAAGCCCCUACUAGACACACUCGGGCUCUUGUUCCAGAUACGCGAUGACUAUGCCAACCUCUGCUCACGUGAAUAUGGUGCAAACAAGAGCUUCUGUGAAGACCUGACUGAGGGAAAAUUCUCCUUUCCCACCAUUCACGCCAUUCGUACACAGCUUCAUAGCACACAGGUGCAGAACAUUUUACGCCAGCGCACAGAGGAUGAAGAUGUUAAGCGUUACUGUGUUGAUUAUUUGGAGAAAGUGGGCUCUUUUGCUUACACUAAAAAGAAGCUGCAUGAGCUAGAGAAGGAGGCAUACAGACUGAUUGCAGAAUUAGGGGGGAACCCAGAGCUGGAGGGACUUAUAGAACAUCUCAGCCACAUUUUCAAGGAAUGAUGAGAAGCAGCUUCUUCUAAUCACAGUGCUUAGAUAAACACUUCCCAAAGAAGAGAUCACUCCUCAUUUUUCUCCAUACUUCCCUUUGUCUAAUAACCCAUGCUCAUUUUGGCAACAUUGAGAUUGCUGUGCAUUCAAUAAUACAUUUCUUUACCCUAAUACACUUAUUUUGUUUUUUUAUAAAUCAGUAAAUCAUCCACUUUGAGGUAGUCUUGCCACCUAAAGUUUUGUGGUCUUUUUGUGUGAUUGUGUCAUUUGUGGACAAAAGAGACCUUAGCAAACAUCUAAUAUGAAGUCCUAUGCCCACUAUAGAAAUGUCUUGGGUGUAUAGCAACAGCCAAAUAAUAACUGACCUUGACCUUGAUACUUUUAGAGGGGACUUGUAUAGAAGCUUUGAAAAAAUGUUGGUUUUUAUUUGAAUUGGACUUUUGGUGUAAAGUUUGGUGUAAGGUGGAUUCUAACUUUUGUUUGUAUUCAAUACACUGUGCAGUAAACAAUGCAGUAACUUUAACAGUAAAUUAAAGAAGCAAUCACUCUGUUCUACA